AUGGAACUUAAAUAUGGAAAAGAAUAUAGUUGGGACAUUAUUAGCAAAUUUUUUGAACAAAAAGGUCUUGUUGGACAACAGAUAGAUUCAUUUGAUCAAUUUGUUAAAACUAAAAUGCAAGAAGUUAUCGAUGAAUCACCACUAAUAACUGUACAAUCUACCCUUUCUGCCGGUAAUGAAACGAGAAAAAAAAUUACUUUAAAAUUUGGACAAAUUUAUGUUUCUAAACCUCCUUCGUAUACUGAGGCAGAUGGCACGACAAUUACACUUACACCUAAUGAAGCUAGGCUUAGAGAUAUUACAUAUCUUUCACAAUUAUAUAUUGAUAUUGUUAAAACGACAGAAAGUGAAAGCGGAGUAGUUGAUCAGCACAGAUAUUCAAGAAUACCUUUCGGAAGUUUACCAGUGAUGGUAAAAUCUUCAUAUUGUAGUACUUACAAAUUAUCAGAGGAAGAACUUAUUAAAAUUGGUGAAUGUGAAUAUGAUGUUGGUGGAUAUUUUAUUAUAAAUGGAUCAGAAAAGGUUAUUAUUGCACAAGAAAGAAUGGCUUCUAAUACUAUUUAUGUUUUUAAAAAAUCGCAGCCUGCUUCUUAUUCUCAUUAUGCCGAGAUUAGAUCUGUCCCUGAAAAAGGAGCUAAGAAUCCAAGUGCUGUUUCUCUUAAGUUGUGUAGAAAUCCAAAUGUGAUUAGAGUGUCAAUACCGUACGCUAAACAAGAAAUACCUCUUUUUAUUAUUUACAGAGCUCUUGGUUUUCUUAGUGAUAAAGAAAUUACUGAUCAUAUUAUAACAACAAAUGAUGAUGAAAUGUUUGAUUUAUUAAAAGAAAGUAUUUUGGAAUCUGCUGUUGUACAAGAUCAAAAUGUUGCACUUGAUUAUAUUGGUAAAAGAGCUGCACCUGUCGGAUCUUCGCGCGAAAAACGAAUAAAUUUUGCUAAAGAUUUGCUAGCAAAAGAAUUAUUGCCUCAUAUCGGCACUCAAGAGUUUUGUGAGACUAAAAAGGCAUAUUUUUUAGGUUAUAUGGUUCAGAAAUUACUACUUGUGGCACUUGGUAGGAAACGUGAGGAUGAUAGAGAUCAUUAUGGAAAGAAAAGAAUGGAUUUGGCCGGUCCAUUAUUGGCUUCAUUGUUUCGUUCAUUGUACAAAAAGUUAUGUUCAGAAACUGCUAAACACAUGCAGAAAUGCAUUGAAGGAGGGCGAGAUUUUAAUAUUGCAUUGGGACUUAAAGCAAGCACUAUUGCACAAGGAUUUCGUUAUGCAAUUGCUACUGGUAAUUGGGGAGAUCAGGCGCAUGCUAUGCAAUCUAAGGCGGGUGUAGCGCAGGUACUAAAUAGAUAUAAUUUUGUAUCUACUUUAAGUCAUCUUCGAAGAGUAAAUACACCAAUUGAAAAAGAAGGAAAACUUGCUAAACCUCGUCAAUUGCAUAACACUCACUGGGGAAUGAUUUGUCCAGCAGAGACACCCGAAGGACAAGCUUGUGGUCUUGUUAAAAAUUUAUCAUUAAUGGCAUAUAUUUCAGUUGGUUCAUCUUCUGAGCCCAUUGUUGAAUUUUUAGAAGAAUGUGGUUUAGAAAGUUUAGAAGAAAUUUCUCAUCUUCAGUUACAAAAUGCUACAAAAGUUUUUGUAAAUGGUGUAUGGGUUGGUAUUCAUGAAGAUCCGGAAUAUUUAAUUAGUUCACUUAGAAUGUUAAGAAGAACGCUUGAGAUUGACAAAGAAGUCAGUAUUAUUAGGGAUAUUAGAGAAAAAGAGAUUAAAAUACAGUCUGAUUCUGGUCGACCUUGUAGACCACUUUUUGUUGUAAAGAAUAAUAAGUUAUGUAUCGAUGAAGCUUAUUCUAACAAAGAAGAGAUAAAGAGAUGUACUUGGAAUGAUUUUAUCGAAAAUGGACUUAUUGAAUUUUUAGAUGUUGAAGAGGAAGAAGUUUCUAUGAUUGCCAUGUCACCAGAUCAACUGAAUUCUGUUAAAAAAGAUUUGAGAGCCUCGGAAGAUUUAAAUAUCAAUUAUACGCAUUGUGAAAUUCAUCCUGCUACAAUUUUAGGUAUUUGCGCAUCAGUCAUUCCUUUUCCCGAUCACAACCAAAGCCCGCGUAAUACUUAUCAGAGUGCUAUGGUUAAACAGGCCAUGGGAAUUUAUGCGACUAAUUUUAUGUUAAGAAUGGACACGUUAAGCAAUAUUCUUUUUUAUCCACAAAAGCCGUUAGUAACUACUAAAAGUAUGGAAUACAUUAGAUUUAAGGAAUUACCUCCUGGACAGAAUGCUAUUGUGGCUAUUGCAUCUUACACAGGUUACAAUCAAGAAGAUAGUAUUAUUAUGAAUCAAAGUGCUAUUGAUCGAGGAUUGUUUAGAAGCUUCUUUUACAGGACAUACACUGAUCAAGAAAAUACAACAAGACCAGGAACACAUGAAGAAUUUUGUAAACCUCUCAGAAGUGAAGUGAUUAGAAUGAGAAAUCUUAAUUAUAGUAAAUUAGACAAUGAUGGUAUAAUACCGACUGGUACUAGAGUUACAGGAGAUGAUGUGCUUAUAGGAAAGGUUAGUCCAAUUUUAGAUCCUGAAAGAAGUACAAAGGGAAAUCCUGUUUAUCUUAAAAAAGAUAGUAGUACAUCAAUGAGAAGAACUGAAGAUGGUUUUGUUGACAGUGUUAUUGUAACAAAUAAAGAAGGAUAUAAAUUUGCUAAAGUAAAGGUAAGAAGUUGUAGAAUUCCACAAAUGGGUGAUAAAUUUGCAUCAAGACAUGCGCAAAAAGGUACAGUAGGAAUAACAUUAAAUCAAGAAGAUAUGCCAUUUACUUCUGAAGGUAUAGUGCCAGAUAUUAUUAUUAAUCCUCAUGCUAUACCUAGCAGAAUGACUAUAGGGCAUCUUAUUGAAUGUUUAAUGGGAAAGACUUGUGCUCUUACAGGCGAAGAAGGAGAUGCAACUCCGUUUAAUGGAGUUACAGUUGACAAUAUUAGUGAAAAGUUAAAAGAGUACAAUUACCAGCAAAGAGGAUUUGAAGUUAUGUACAAUGGCAUGACAGGUCAUAAAUUAAGGGCACAGAUUUAUAUUGGCCCUACUUAUUAUCAAAGGCUUAAGCAUAUGGUUGAUGAUAAGAUUCAUGCUAGAGCUAAAGGUCCUUUACAGAUUUUGACUCGACAGCCCGUUGAAGGAAGAUCGCGGGAUGGAGGUUUACGUUUUGGUGAAAUGGAGCGCGAUUGUAUUAUUUCGCAUGGUGCGUCAGCUUUUUUAAAAGAAAGACUUAUGGAUGUUAGUGAUCCAUAUACGUGUUGUAUAUGUGAUUUGUGUGGAUUAAUAGCUAUUGAUACAAAAAGAUAUAAUGAAUGUAAAGGAUGUAAUAACAGGACUAAUUUAAGUUUAGUAGAAAUACCUUACGCUUUUAAACUACUUAUACAAGAAUUAAUGGGUAUGAAUAUUGCACCUAGAAUUAAGACUGAAUAA